GCGGGAGGAGGUGGGGGGUGCCGGCCAUGCGGGGCCGCCAGCCGGGGAGCGUGUGAGGAGGGAGGGGGACAGCGGGGCGAGCGGCGCUCCAUGGCCGGCGGGUCGGGGUGAGGCGAGGCGGCGCGGCCAUGGCGGGUGUGAGCUACUCGCCGCCCUGGUGGGUGAGCCUGCUGCACCGGCUGCCGCACAUCAGCCUGCGCUGGGAGCUCACCGCCGCCGACUUCCGACCACACGACGCCGAGUACCAGCAGGCCCUGUUGCUGUUGGGCGGCAUCGCGCUCUCCUGCCUCGCUCUGGACCUGCUCUUCCUCCUCUUCUACUCGUUCUGGCUGUGUUGCCGCCAUCGGAAGAGCGAAGAACAUCUCAAUGCUGACUGCUGCUGUACGGCGUGGUGCGUCAUCAUCGCAACCCUGGUGUGCAGUGCUGGAAUAGCUGUUGGCUUCUACGGGAAUGGGGAGACCAGUGACGGCAUCCACCGGCUGACGUACUCUCUGCGCCACGCGAACCGCACUGUGGCCGGUGUCCAGGACCGGGUACUAGAUACUGCAGUGGCCCUGAACCAAACAGUGGAACCAAACUUGCUGGUCCUGGAGGAGAUGUUCACAAAGCAGACAGACUACCUGCAUGUUGUCCAGAAACUGCAAAGUCUCUUGGAUGAUCUGGUCAGGCAAACAACUGAGAUCCCCUUUUGGAAGAAUGAAGAGGUGUCUCUGGAGGAGCUGGCCAUUCAGAUUGACCUCUACGACUGGUACAGGUGGCUGGGAUACCUGGGCCUGCUCCUGUUCAAUGUCCUGAUUUGUUUGCUGGUGCUCUUUGGGCUCAUUAGGAACUCCAGGGCCAUUCUUAUGGGGGUCUGCUUGCUUGGGGUGUUUGCCCUGAUUGUCAGCUGGGGAUCCUUGGGUCUGGAGUUGGCUGUCGCUGUGGGCUCCAGUGACUUCUGCAUUAACCCCGAUGCUUAUGUCUCCAAAGUGGUUGAAGAGAACGCAGUGCUUAGUGCUGAUACUCUCCGCUAUUACAUGACCUGUAGUGCUGGGUACCCCAACCCUUUCCAGCAGAAGCUGUCAGGAAGUCACAAGGCUUUGGUGGAAAUGCAGGAUGAUGUUACAGAACUCAUGAGGUCAGCAAGCAGAGAGCACCCCACCUCCAAGGAGUAUCUUACUCGGAUCCAGGAGGUUUUAAAUUCAACAGAGAUCAACUUGCAGCAACUGACAGCUUUAGUAGACUGCCGGAGCCUGCAUUUGGAUUACGUCCAGGCUUUGACGGGCUUUUGCUACGAUGGAGUGGAAGGCCUCAUCUACCUGGUUCUCUUCUCCUUUGUCACAGCCCUCAUGUUCAGUUCCAUUGUGUGCAGCGUUCCACACACUUGGCAGCAAAAGAGAAGCUCAGAUGAUGAUGGGGAAGAAGAAUCAGCUGCUCAAGGGAGCAGACAAACACACGAUAAUCUUUACAGAGUGCACAUGCCCAGCCUCUAUAGCUGUGGGAGUAGUUAUGGCAGUGAGACCAGCAUUCCAGCAGCAGCACACACUGUCAGCAAUGCUCCCGUCACAGAGUACAUGAGCCAGAAUGCAAAUUUCCAGAACCCCCGUUGCGAGAAUACCCCGCUCAUUGGCCGGGAGUCCCCACCUCCCUCAUUGUAUUUGGCUGCCAUGGACAGUAGCAGCCAUAUGAGCUGGCAGCUUAAGCCCUCGGACAGUGCACGGACAUACUGGUAACAGCGCCCGCAAAUGGAACAGUACACCUCCAGCAUGAGAGCCAAAUACCUCGCCACCAACCAACCUCGUCCAGAUGCUGGCAGUGUGCAUUAAAAUGAAAAAGCAAAAGCAAAAAACAAACAAACAAACAAAACACAAAACCCACACGUGCAGUCAGACUAAACAAUGUGCCAACUGCUGUGCCCCUGUGCUGUCCUCGUAGAACAAUCCUGCAGUUCUGCCCAAAAUCCAGUGCGGCUCCUUCUGUUUCUCCAGUCCAGACCGCCCUCCAACCUGGUACCCGCCCACUGGAGUGGAAGCCCCUUUUGAAUUUAAGCCUUCAGCUUGUUGUACCUGAUGUAUGAGAGAGCGCAAGCAUGUGUGGGCAAGCAACCGAGAGCACCCAGGCAAGAAACUGGGUCUAUCUGCCUGGGGGUCGACUUAUUAGAGUAUCCUAUCAGAAAAAGUUGGUGAAUCUCUUCUGCCCCUUUUUUUCCCUUUCUGUUCCCCAGAGGGACUCGGUGAAAGGUGGUGAUAGAUCAUCUCCUACAGUGGGAUCAGCGGUGUGUCAAAUGCUGAGGCAGCAGAGGUUUGGUGCCUGUGACUAGUGUACAAUGCUGAGUCAGUGCACGAUGCAGCAUUUUGGGGGGGGAAUCCUCUGGUCUGGUGCCUCGUGUGAGGGAGGAGGGAAACUCCUUCCUCAUGGUGUCACUGCAUAUCCACUGUAAUUUGGGAGCCUGAGGCUCUCCUAGAGCAAACCAUUCCACUAUCCUGGGUAACUUUAAAAAAAAAGUCCAUUAAGAAAAUGCCUUUUUGUUUCCCACUCUAUCCAGCAUGUGAAUCCUUGAGGAGGAGCAUGGGGUCCCAGCACCAGUCAGGUACACUGUCCAUGGCUCUGAACUGACCUCUGCUCCACCAGGGUAGCCCAGGUAGUUGCAGAUGGUGUUCUGGGUGCUGCCUCUAUGAGGCCGACACGCAGAUCAAACAGGAGCCAGCAACCCACUUGGUGCCAAAUUUUUCCAGAAAAAGACUUGUAAGACUUUAUGUGGGGUAUUUUUGCACUAGUUUCAGCUCUCUGAUGCUAGAUCUUAUGGGACAGUCAGCUUGUGAAAGCGAGAGAGACUGGAAGCACCAAUGGAUUUAUAGCAUAUACAGGCUCUCCCUGCAGGAGUGACCUGCUGGACUUUUUUAAAUCAUAAUUUACAGCACAGGGUUGCUGAACUAACAUUAAUGGAGUUCUUUGGAGCCUCAGUCCUAUAGCUCACAAGAUCGUCAAUGUAUCUUUUCCUGUGUUCCAGAGUCAGAAACCCAAAUGACAUCUGGAGAAUAUUGUGACUGUCAGAACAUGUUUUUGAUUUUAUUCUGUUUUGUUCCUCAAGGCACAUUGCUAACCACUAUCUGACCAUAUUAAGGCACAUGUAAGGCAUUUUUCUAGACGUGAGGCAGAACAAGGCUUGCGAAGGGGCAGCUGGGUGCCUGCAGAAGGCAACAUCCUCCAUUGGUGCUGUACUUUCCACUGAAGAGCCGUGCUCUGAGGGCAUUGAUGGCUUCCCACUGGAAGAGGAGACUGUCUCCUGCGAGGUGCUGUUGAGUACUGCCCUUUCAAUAGGGUAACUAUGAUAUUCCUUUUUGUCUUUUUUACCUUUGAGCAGGGACAUCUUAGUGUAGCUGCUGAGCAUUAUAUUAAAUAACCGGCAGAAGAAACAAAGUGGGAAACGUCUCUCAAACUGGAGUUGAGCCAUUGGCAGAGGCAGUUAGUCUUCACCUCGGUGAUGUUCAGACUCGGUGUCUGUUUAACCACGUUUGCUGUACGGGGCACAGAAUCUACCAAUCUGCCUUUACUCAAGUCAGUUGCCUUCUUGCAGUGAGGUUGGAAUUGCUCCUAGCAGGUAGCUAACUAGAAUGAUGGUAUGUGCUUUAAAAUCGUACCAGCUCUGUGGAAGAGCAAGCUCUGAGACUCCUCUUAAGACAGAAACCACUAAUGGACUUUGAAACCUGUAGGUCAGCUCUUUCCAUUCAAAGGAGUGAGGGAGACGGGGAGGAGGUGCCACCAUGCAAACAGGAAGAGAAGGUUUUGGAGACAACUUCAUGCUUCACAACUUCACCAUAAAUCUCUGGAAGCAGGAUUUUCUUGCUCAGGUCUGAGUACGCCCUUUCAAACAUGUCUGGGCUUCACAAUAAAACAUACCUCUGCAUUAUCAAAUAACAAGGGCAGGGAAUCGUAGUCACAGGUGGUAUGGAGGGACAUUGUGGCUCAAGGGCACCAGGUUUUCCACCCUGUCUCAAAGCCUAUCAGGAGACAUGGGUGUGCAAGCAUGGGGCAUGAUCAGCUUGCAGGGCAUGCAACAGAUAUCUGGGGACAACUGAACCUUCCCCUCGCUUUGAAGAAGCAAGAGCCAUAUAAUCCUUAUUAAGACUGAGUUGUUCUGUCGUCAUCUCUCCUUGCAAGGAUGUGCUUAGAAUGCUACGUAGACUACCAGUUUCAGGGGAGCUGCCCUAAAAUCUGUGGCCUGGUCCUACUCAAUGAAGGCAAGUGUUUUGAAGGCUGAAGGGUGUGGGGAACCUUGUGGAAACAAGUUCUUCUGUAUAUUGACUGUUCUGUAUACAGAAUGCAUCCUGAGCAUGUGUGUGACUGCACUUUGGGUCAGAUCUGCAUUGUCGCGGUGGUGUUGUCUGUGCCAGCGGGGAUAACGAGGGAGCGAGUCUUUGCCUUUUUGUUUGCAGCAUCUGGUGGAGCGGCCGCUUUGACCGGUUUCAUUCCAAGGUUUGACGUAGCCACUCAUAACAUCCAGAACAACUUCUGGGAAUAUUUGGGGCUUGCAGCAAGGCACAGAUGUGGAGAUAUGUGCUCUGUGACUUCAAACUGUAACUGGAAAGAAUGUUAUGGAGAUAAUACUUUGCUCUCUGGAGGCCAGCAUAACGUGACUGCAGUGUGAGCUGUGUACCUUUGUCCAGCCAGCACUUCCUUUACUUGACAUGGAUAUUGCACUUUUGUAAAGCAUCCUGGAACUCUGCUGCCCCACUGCAUGCUGUGCAGAGCGCUGGAUAGGAAACACAGACAAAUGGGUUUCUUUUGGUUUAUUAUUACUUUUGGGUUUUUUUAAUUUUAUUUUACUGGAAGCUUGAGCAACAGUGUGGCAUUUCUGCAGGCUGGUCUGAAUGGAUCUGCUGAAGAACAGAUGGCCUUUGCCUAUUCUUAUGGCUGCGACAUAAUCAGUCUCAUCCAUAUGGUCACAUUUUGUCUGAGGAGUGGACUUUGCAAAGCCAAGAUCUCCCAGACUCUGUGCCUCCCUCUCGGGUGAACAGCAGGUGCUAUCUGGCGAAGACUCAUCUGUUCUAGAUGACAUUCAUGGUUGAGGGAGUCCAAACUCUUCAAGCUGUAGGAGGUAAAGCUGUAGAGACUUCUCUCUCUUCCACUGUGUCUCUCUGGUUUUAAUGUGACAAAAUGCCAAGGCCAUAUCACUUGGUGUGUCCCAGCUGACCUUAUUGAAACGUUACUCAUCUUACUGGUUGCUAGCAAAAGGGUCCAGAAUUCAGGGGAGAUGCGAUUGGCCUCUGGACACCUCCAGAUGAAAGGCAGCUUGUCUGGUUGAAGGUGACUGCAUCGGUGAAGACGCUUCAUGUUACUUUUUCAGAAGCACAAAUGUGGUCAUUGGCUUGUCUGGUUGGCUUGGUUUAUUUCCACUGCAUCAUCAUGUGUGAAUGACACUUUCUUUUGGAACUGAGAACUCUUCCAAGCACACAAACAUCUCCACAAUGUGAAAUGUAAAUAGCAUGUUGGACUCUCGUGUCCAGUGUUCAAGACUGCAUUGUAAUUGUAAAGGAAAUCGAAUCGAGACUUGGCUGUGAAUUUCUUGUGCUGUCUUGGGAAUUAUAACUGUAGUGUUUGUAUCCUGUAUGUAUUAUUAAACUGAUUUCAUUUUAUGUGCUGAUAAAAGGGUUCAAGCUAAGAUUUUUAGCGUGCAUCCAUGUAUCCAAAUGUGAAGGAUGGAGUGCUCCCUUUCCCUCCUGUCCUUUUUAAGUUUUCUCCAUUUGAUAGGUGUUAAUUUUCCGUGUACAGUCGUCUCAGCCAAGAUGCAAGGAUGCUCAUUUGAGUGCUUUGAGGGGGACACAGUGCAUGGGGUUUUAAGUGAUCCUAAGUUAGGAUUUCCAUAGCAGUUCCCUGAAAAUACAUGAAAAGUUUGGCCUUUCUGAGAGUAAACCGUUUCUCAGGGGGUCUGCUUAGCCAUCGCUCAUGAGAGCUUUGAGUGCUGCAGGGUGGCAGCAGACAGGAGUGGGUGGAUACCCGUAAGAGCAAGGUACAGGUACCUGUGUGGAUAAACCCAUCGCUUCUGGUCCCACCUUCUUUCUAGCAGCAACUGGAGUACCCUGCUGAGCCCUUUGAAGAAAAGAGAGGUGUCUUGGCUUGUUGAUUCCAGCCACCCCACCUGAUCCAGUAGAUGAGGUGGGUGGGUUUUCCUUUAGCUAGGGAGGGGAGGUGUCUUUGAAGUACUGCCUACCUGGGGACCAAGGAGAAGCCGAAGCCUUCUCCAACUCAACGAGUGAACAUCUCUUGAGUGGGAGGAGAAAAGCCCUCCAGGCAGAUACUAAGGAGUUAGACCUAAUACCUUGAGAGAAGAGACCCAACAAGACUUAAUCUGUACAUUUAACUGGGUGGCUUCUUUCAUCACAGCCUACUCUCAUUUUCUAUAAAUGGUUUGUGUGCAUGCUAUAGGUGGCCUCCCUAGUCAUUCCAGGAGGCCCAGCAGAAGCGUGGGGUGUUUUGGUAGCAGUUCCUAGAGGAACAGCCAGUGAUCUGUGCUUUCGGAUCUCCUGCUGAGCUGGGAUGGUGAAUAUGUUGCCCAGCUGGGGGAGAGAAGGGACAGGUCACUGGUGGCCUGGAGCUCCUGGGUGCUCACCCAGCCCCUGUGGCUGUGUGUAUGAACAAAGUGGAACAUAAACUGAUGUACAACCAGAAAGUUCAAAAAAUUCCUUUCCUCAAGAGGGAUAACUGUAGCAUGAAGCUCUUAGGUGCUCUGCAUAUUUGAUACCACAUUGCUCCUCACUAUGCAAUUCCCACCUCCUUCCUUCCUCUUCCUCCUCUGAUCUCACACCAAGACUUCUCCAGCGGCUGCUGCCCAGGAGGCCACUGAAGUCCCAGAAAAGCUUCAUUUCUUUCCUCGUCCUCUGCACUGGGUCCAGGUGCCCAGCCGUCGCGUCGCGUGCCUCAGGUCCCUUGGUAACGGGAGGCCCCAUGAGUUUUGUUCACAUCAUUCAGAGGGAAGUUUUCUUUCUUGGACACUGUGCACAGAAACCUAAUGGUGAACAUGUACCUGGCCUUUUUGUAACUUUUCUGUUUUUUCUUCUUAACCAUAAUGGUUGUAUAUCAUACCACUUUAUAUACAUAUAUAAUAUAUAAAUAUAUAUAAUUUUUUUAAAAACUUUGGACCUGCUAGUUUCUUUCAAGUGUUCCUGCACUUACCCAAAAUGUUUUUAAAUUGUGAGGGUUAAAGAGGAUUGAGCCCAUUUUUGUAUCUUUACUUUUAAUUCUGUAGUUCUAUUGAUUGUAAUGUAGCUAUUUUUUACUGUAACUUUUUGGUUUGCAAAUACUAAACAAAAAAACCUAAAUGUAAUUUCUGUGGUUUCUAUUCAGCCUGGGUUUCAUGUUUUAAAAAUAAACAAUUUAAAAGCA